AUGCAAUUGACAACUACUCAAUACCAAGCCAUUGGAAAAGGGGGGCCCUUCGCCGUCGUGUCAGUUCCCAAACCUACCCCGGGACACAAUGAAGUCUCUAUCCGGAUGGAAGCGGUUGCUUUGAAUCCGUUAGAUUGGAAGAAACUGUACUUUGGCGCCAUGGUCGAGAGCUGGCCGACCGUGUUGGGCAUCGACGGCGCCGGGAUUGUGGAAGCUGUUGGAGAGGGCAUCACUAGAUACAAAACCGGGGACGAGGUUUUCAGUCUAUUUGGGCAUGAGACGAAGGCUGCUUCUUUCCAGGAGGUUGCCGUUGUGCCAGAACACUACGUUGCUAAGAAGCCGGGAAACAUAAGCUUCGAGGAGGCAGCAUCACUACCCAUCUGUUACUGCACCGCUGGCUCCGCCAUCUACUACGGCCUACAGAUCCCUCUCCCGUUUCUCCCAGACGGUACAACUAGCGGCCCACAGCCGAAGUCCAUCCUCGUCCUUGGCGGCAGCUCUGGUGUUGGUGCUUCCGCAAUCCAGAUAUUGCGCCUUGCGCUUCCCUCGGCUACCAUCCUUACGACGAGCUCCUCCAAGCAUCACGUCUACCUGGAAUCUCUUGGCGCAACCCAAGCUUUUGACCAGAAGUCUCCAUCUUUGAUCGAGGACAUCAAAUCUGCAACACCAGAAGGCAAGGGCGUAGAAAUGAUCCUUGAUGCAGUUGCCAGCAGUGCUUCGCAGAAGGAUAUCUUCGAUACCCUCAGUGCAGAUGGACCGAAGGAGUACUCGGAAGUGUUCACCGGGACACCGACCCUGGUACCGGAUGGAGUCAAGAGACACGUUGUAUAUGGGCGGAAGUUAUUCGAGACACCGGGAGGACAAAACGUGAUGACUGCUUUGGCAGACUUGGUAAGGAAAGGGGACUACAAAAUCCCCAUUCAGGUAAAGAAUGUGGGAAGCGGGUUUGAGGCUAUUGGACCUGGAUUAGAGGAAUUGAAGGCUGGUGUGAGUGCGACAAAAUUGGUGGUCACAAUUUAG